AUGGAUUGUGGCUGUAUAAAAGUAGUGCUUUAUAAAGAUGGUGCUGCUUUCAUCAUUUUAGCAGGUCGUGAACUUACAAGCCCUAGAUCGGUUGCAAAUUUAAAGCGCCUUCUACUAAUAAUUUGGAAUAGUUUUAGCUAUAAAUUGUUGGAGAUCUUAUUUAUAGCAAUCAGUUUAAAGUGUAGUCUGACUGACCAGCACAAUUGUGCGGGGUUCAACGAAGCUGAUACUGAGCACAUUUUAAACAACAUAAGUGAUACUUAUCCCCCUCAUUCUUUGUUGGAUCAUUCCACAUUGAAGCCAUUUCAAAUCAACAUUGAUUGA